AUGCCUCCACGAAGAAUCAAAAAAGAGAAAGAUGCAGAAGCCGCCAGAAUCGCCGACGCGAUUAACGAGCCUAUGCAAAUUGCCAUCGAAGAGUUGAGAAAGAAUCUUUUGAAGAACGCUAGAGAGACAGCUAGAGCAGAGACAGCGCGAAUUCUCAGCCUCAUCCCGAAGGAGUAUCAUGAUAUGCCAAUAACCGAAUUCCUUCUCUCACCGCCUGAAGGAAUUUUCGAUGGAUUAAAAGCGGUGAAAUUGGAAGAAAUAGAAGAAGAACAACCACAGACGACGGAAGAAGACGGUCGAGAUGAUAUGGAGGUUGAUGAUGCAGCACACGAGACCAGCAUUCCGAUUGCUCCAUCAGGACAGAACUCUGGUAGAAACACAGCAGUCGAUGCACAUCGUAACGAAAUAAUAACUCCUGCUGGUGUCGCCUUCCCGUUGCCAGUUCUUCAUCCGAACAAGCCAUUCCGUCACGUGCAAGCUACCGACGAAAUCGGAUUCUCUUUGAAUGGAUCGCCAUUGUUCUUGGCUAGCAACAAGAAGAAAACAACAAAAAAGUCGAAAGCGGAGGCGUGUCUUCUCGAGCCGAAGACUGGAAAUCUCGGAACAUCUGUCUAA